AUGCCCACCGCAACCACCCAAACAACCUACCUCCUGCGGCACCCCACGCCCACCGAGCUCACCCACAUCCGCACGCAGCACUCCACCUGCUGGGCCGGCGCCCUCACCGUGUCCCAGUACCUGACGCGCGAGGACCACAUCGCCUCGACGCCCCUGACCCGCAACGGCGGCAUGACGCAAUGGGUGCUCGUCGACGCCGCCGCGGACCCCGCGCACGUCCUGGCCUCGUGCGAGGCCAUCCGGAAGAAGGCCCUCGUCGCGCACACGCCCGUCGACGGCGAGAAGCGCGUGCCCGUGGAGGAGGUCGUGGCCUACGGCAUUGGCAGCGUCUUCACGCCCCCGGAGUGCCGCGGGAACGGAUAUGCGAAGGUUAUGCUGACCAUGCUGGGCGAGCGCCUGAAGAGGCAUAAUGGGCAGAGGGCGGGCUUCUCGGUGCUGUAUUCGGAUAUUGGGAAGCAAUUCUACGCAAAGCUCGGCUGGCUCCCGCACAAGUCCUCGCACAUCGAGCUCCCCGUGCGCACCCCCGCCCCGCCGCGCAUCCACCCAUCGCGCGUGCAGCCCCUCUACCACGCCGACAUCGCGCCGCUCUGCGCGCUCGACACCGCCGCGCUGCGCACCGCGCUCUCCACCCGGCACCCCAAGACACGCAUCGCCUUCGUGCCCGACCACGGCACAAUGGACUGGCACCACAACCGCGAGGAGUUCAUCGGCGCCUGCGUGCGGCCCGACCUCGGCGCGCCGGCGAUCAAGGGCUGCAUCACAGCCUCUGGCACCCGCUGGAUGGUCUGGGGCCGCGACUUCAGCGUUGCGGGACCGCGGCUGUAUGUGCUCCGUGUUGUGGACUUUGGGCCCGAGGAGGGCCGGCGCGAGGACCUGAUGGCGCUGUUGAGCGCCGCGGUGGAGGAGGCGGGGAGGUGGGGGUUGGGGAAGGUUGUGGUGUGGAAUCCGGCGGAGAGCGUGGUGGGGGCGGCGGGGGCGGUGGUGGACGGGGUGGUGGGCGUCGAGAGGGAGAGCGACUCCAUUGCGAGUCUGAUGAUGUAUGGGAAGGGGGGGAGUGGGGAGGCGGAGGUUGAGUGGGUGCUGAAUGAGAAGUAUGCCUGGUGUUGA